AUGGAAUUAACAAAUAAUAUUGUGAAUUAAGAUUAGAUAGUAGUUUAAAAAAUAAAAAGACAGGACAAAGCUGGUAUAGAAAUAUAAAAAGGAGUUAAGAAACACAAAAUUACAUUUGUUGAUGAAAUAGAGAAAGGGAAAGAUGUUCAAACUGUUAUUGAAGUAGAAUGCUGGAAAAAAUAUAAUUAUGUAUCUCCUGAUACUGAAGUAGCAGAUGAAUGCUGUUCGCUUAUUUGA